UCCUUUUAUUUAAAACGCCUCGAGCCGCAAAGAUUGCGGGUGUCUUCAAAGCCCUGAGGUAAAUGCCUGCAGAGAGCUGAGGGGGUGAGUCUUCUUUCGAGUCAAAAAUAAGUAUACAAUUAAAGACAAUGUCCGAGGUAAAUACCUCGACACGUCCGAAGUCAACGCCGAAUGGAUCAAGUCGGCAUGAGAAAAGUUUGGGUCUCCUCACAAUGAAGUUUGUGACAUUACUGCAAGAAGCAAAGGACGGAAUACUCGAUUUGAAAGUGGCAGCAGACACACUGGCAGUCAGGCAGAAAAGAAGGAUCUAUGACAUUACAAAUGUACUGGAAGGAGUGGGGCUCAUUGAGAAGAGGACCAAAAACACCAUUCAGUGGAAAGGUGAGAAAUCAGGAUGCCAAACUCAAGAGAUGCUUGAUCAGGUGGAUCAGCUGAAAGCCCAGAUCCUAGAGCUGGAGAUGAAGGAGUGUGAACUUGACCAGCAAGAGGCCUUAGUCCAGGAGUGCCUCAAAAAUCUAAGCGAAGACCCCAUAAACAGGAGUUAUAAAUAUGUGACCCAUGAGGACAUAUGCGAUUCAUUCAGUGGAGACACCCUCCUGGCUGUUAUGGCCCCCUCAGGAACAGAGCUAGCGGUUGCUGGACCGGCUCAGACUGGCAAGAAGAGGUACCAGGUGAAGUUGCGGAGUCAGCUGGCUCCCAUCCAGGUCCUUCUGAUCAACAGGGAGUCCAGCGGGGCCAAGCCUGUGGUGUUCGCUGUCCCUCCCCCUGAGGACAUCUCGGUGAUGCCCACUCCCCCCAGCACCCCGGCAGGGCUCCAGAGGUGCUCGCUGGCACAGGCCGCCAGUCUGGAGCAGAGCCAGCUCAAGCCGAGGACCCACAUCACGCCUUCCUCCUCUCCUCCAGACACGCAUAUGGAUUGUCACCCUGAGACUCCUGAGAGCCUAAGUCUCCUGGUGCAGGACUCCCUGGCUGGCUCGGACGGCCAGGUGCCCAUGGAGGGGCCGGACCUGCAGUCAAUCCUGGAGCAGAUGAAGGAGGAGCGAGAGGGUGUUGCUGAUCUCAUAGAUGAACUGAUGUCAUCUGAUGUGUUCCCUCUGCUACGCCUCUCGCCCAACCCAGGAGUGGAUUACAGCUUCAGCCUAGAUGACAGCGAGGCCGCCUGUGAUCUGUUUGAUGUGCACAUCCUUAAUUAUUGAUUAAGUGCGUCUGCAUCUUUAGGCUGCUCAAUCAACACAGUGUCUGUGUACCUUCUGGUGAGCCAAGGUAAUUAUUUAAGCCCAUUGUGAAUGUCUCCCUAUACACUGUACAUUGAGUUAAUGAACACUGGCAACACCGAGACAGUGGUAAAUUUUACCUGCCACACGCCUCCCGCAAUCCUCUGCUCCUUAUGAUCAUUACUAUUAUUAUUACUGUAAGGUUGAAAAUGUGCACGUUCUCAGACAGCCACCUAGUGGCAUAACAAGCUCUUAAUGUCUUGGUGCUGACAGGAUAUCAUGAGGACAGCAGGCAUGGUUUUAUGUUACCCAGACAGUUUGCACAGUGCUCAGGGAUGACUGACAAGGUGUUUUUUUUUUUUUUUUUUAUUUUUAUUAUUAUUAUUAUUAUUAUUAUUAUUAUUGAGGACUUGAGCUGAGUGCUGAGUGGGUUGGAGUCGGAUAUCUUUGAUUCUGUAGAUAUCUAGCCAGUGGUUGGGUGUUGCCAUGUUAUUCUUCCCUAUAGAGUAUAUGGCAGAAUACUUAUUACUACACUAUUUUUGCCAGGGACAAUGAAGCUUGAGAUAAUUUAUGGUGCCUGAAGUCAGGUGUUGCUCCUUAAUUAUUGUUAUCUAGUGUUUUCUCAUGGAAG